AUGGGAAUCACCGUAGAUCGACGCGUGGAGUUUCACGAGACCUGCUGGAGGUAUGUCAUCGUGUUGGCUGUGGUGAUGCUGGCCUGCUGCGUCAAUCCAGGACAGCUGGAGGGCAUCAAACUACCGGAUCAAACAACAGCUGGUGAACCGGGCAACGGGCCACAGCCCCCAGUAGUCGGUGAGGAAAGGCGUCAGGGAAAGCAUUUGCUGGACUUUAUCGGCCUCGGAACGGGUGGGAAUGUCGAUCCCUACCUCGCCAGGACCAACGCGCAGUGCUUGAAUGGUGAACUGGCCGAAUGUUUCAAGUCCCAGGCUCUCAACACGUUCGGGGAAUUCUUCGAGAAGGACGAGUACCAGCUGACUGGAGAUGCCCGAAUCGUCCGACUGCCUGAAACGCAACUGCGCUCGCUGCAGCAGGAAGGCUUCGAGUAUGUUGGAGAAUCGCGUCACAGCGACUCCGAGUGGGAGCUGAUGUACAAGUACGCCCUACGUCGCGUGGAGCGGUUCAUCAAGUCGACGGCGCUCGAGUUUCAGAUUCCAGAAGAGGCAACCGAGCAGGGCCGCUACUCGGCUCGCUUCAUCGACGAAAUCUCCGACGAGAUCGACGUGAUCGAGGACAAAAAGGCACCGCUGUUCACGCGCCACCGGCUGAAGAAAAUCUUCAUCCCACUGCUCCUGAUACUGAAGGUGUUCAAGCUGAAGCUGCUCCUCUUCCUGCCGCUCAUCCUUGGGCUGGCCAGCUUCAAGAAGCUGCUCGGUUUCGCUGCCAUCAUCAUCCCGGGCGUGAUCGGCUACCUGAAGCUGUUCAAGCCGCACCAGAGCUGCUGCACAAACGACAUCUUCUCCGGCGGAUACCAGCCGCAGUACUCGCCGCAAGGUCUCGGCUCGAUCGGCUACAGUCCGUACAAGGAGUUUCCCACCGGUGGUCCGUCCGGUGGUCACUACUCCCGGCCGGAGGUGAAUUACGCUUCACCAUACGGCAACUACUACCGUGACUCGGGAAGGGCCGAUCUCCAGGGUGGCAACGUUAAGUUCGGAGAUGAUCUCGCCUACCAGGGCUACUCGGAGUACCGCAGCGCCAACAAGGACGUGAAGGCAGAGAACUAG